AUAGUUAACAAACAAAGAAGUUGCAAUAAUCUUUCCAAUUGUUUUAAAGCAAAAGUUGUUUAUUGUGCGCAAAAUAUAAAUUAGCCGGCUAAAAUAAGUAUUCUUCGUGGUAAAGUGCCAAAAACAUAUACUUUAUCAAUAUGUCGGAUGCAAAAGCUGGUCGUUCGGGUCCUACCACCUCCACCUAUGCGCUAAUUCCAAAGCCGGCUAAUUUACAGUGUAUGGACCUACAGGAAUAUUUGCGCACGAGAACAGCAGAAACAUUGGAAAAAUUGUAUAAUUACCCAACAAUUUGCUUGGCCGUGUACAGAGAACUACCAGAAAUCGCACGACAAUUUGUAAUACGCAUACUUUUUGUAGAGCAACCAGUGCCACAGGCGGUGGUCGCGUCUUGGGGUUCACAACAUUACGCAAAAGAGCAGGCUGCAUCCUCAGCAUGUCUGACUGAACUCAACGUUUGGCGUGUUACUGCUAUUCCUGGUGGCUUAUCAGCAUGGGAACUUUGCGCAACAUUCAAAAAGAAUUUGAAAAUAGCUUUGCUGGGCGGUGGAAAACCAUGGUCAAUGUCACAUACGCUGGAGAAAGACUCAAAACCACGCGAUAUAGCCUUUCUAGAUUCCUACGCUAUGGCACGUUGGCGUUGCGUGCUACAUUAUAUGGUAGGCACUGGUAGUGCAAACAAGGCGCAAGAUAGUGAAGGUAUCAGUCCAGAUGCAGUGCGUAUACUACUACACGCUAAUCUUAUGAAGCGUGAUGAACGCGAUGGCAUUACCAUUACACGCCAAGGAUUUCAAUUUUUGCUACUUGACACACAAUCGCAGGUGUGGCACUUCAUGUUGCAAUACCUAGACACCUGUGAAGAACGUGGACUCUCGCUACCAGAUUGUCUUUCAAUGUUGUUUCAAUUGAGUUUCUCCACAUUAGGACGUGACUAUAGCUCAGAAGGUAUGAGUCCGAAAAUGCUAACCUUUCUACAACAUCUACGUGAAUUUGGGCUUGUGUUUCAACGUAAACGUAAAGAGGGACGUUUCUACCCAACGCGGCUGGCACUAAAUGUAACUAACAAACAUGCAGCUGUACCAGCAGUCAUAAAUGAGGAGGACAAAGCGCAAGAGAGUGGUUAUAUCGUAGUAGAAACAAAUUACCGCGUAUAUGCUUACACAGACUCACCGCUACAAGUAGCCGUGCUUGGACUGUUUACGGAACUUCUCUAUCGUUUCCCCAACUUAGUGGUUGGUGUGCUAACACGCGACUCCGUGCGCCAAGCGCUACGUGGCGGUAUAACGGCAGAUCAAAUUGUAAGCUAUUUGGAACAGUAUUCGCAUCCGAACAUGAAAUUAACUGAAUCGGCGAUUAAAUCGAAAUCACCACUACCUCCAACCGUUGUCGAUCAAAUUAAAUUGUGGGAACUAGAGCGUAAUCGUUUCACCUACACAGAGGGUGUGGUCUACAACCAAUUUUUGUCGCAAGCUGACUUCGUAACGCUACGUGACUAUGCGCAAUCCAUUAAUGUGCUGGUACACAUGAAUGAGCGUACGCGCACAAUGGUGGUCACCAAAAACGGACAUGACGAUGUAAAACGAUUCUGGAAACGUUACUCAAAGAGUGGCGGAUAAUUCCUCGACAAUUAAUUGAAAAGCGUUUGCGAAAUAUUUGUAUGUAUAGUAAAUAAUGUUUAAUAAAAGUACGUACAUGUGUGCUUAAUAUUACAAA